ACAACUUGAUAAGGAGGAAACAAUAAAGAAAAAUUUGGAUGCUCCAGGCAAAGAUACUAUUGUUGUUCCGGAUAAUGGAUGUGUUAUAAUUCGAUUCAGCACAAACAAUAUGUAUGCCCGUGCGGCGGUAAGGAUGACAUAAGGGUUAAUAAUUGAUGCUCCGCAUAUGUGUGAACCUCUAAUUCUGAUUGACGCUUGGUAAGGAUAUUUACCGUCUUCAACUUCAUUACCGCCCACUAAACGUGGAACCGAGCCUUAAAUAAUAAAUACACUGUAUAGUAUAGUAUAGUAACAUUCAUUAAAUAAGUGCAAUAUUAAUAAUCAUGAAGUAAGAGGAUAUUUACCGUCUUCAGCUUCAUUAUCGCCCGCUAUACGUGGAACCGAGCCUUAGAUAAUAAAUACACUGUGUAGUAUAGUAUACUAACUUUCAUUAAAUAAGUGCAAUAUUAAUAAUCAUGAAGUAAGAGCUUUAUCACAAUCACAAAGUUUUGUUAUUUCAUUAAACGGAUCUAUGGUGAACUGUUUCUAUACUUUGCAGCUUUAAAGCGCCGAAUAAAAAAUUAACUUUUUAAAAUUAGGGAAACAAACUUACCACUAACGAUGGAAGUGAUAAUUAAAAAGACAGCCAAUGUGUACAUAAUGCUAGAAAUUGAAAUCUAUCCAAUUUUUGUUAACUUGUACGUACUUAUAUGUACAUUGAAUUUAUUCGCUUUAACGAUUAAGUUGAGUAGAAUGAUAAAAAUGUAUGUUACUCAUACGCUCAUAAAUAAUCUCAUUUUGCUAACACCUAUGGUCAUAAUCUAGAUACACAUAGAUAGGCCAGAUAAAAAAAAUUGAAGCGUGAAAAUUAAAAGAAAAUAUUAAGAAAUUAAGGUCGUUGUACAUUUAAAAAUAUUUUUGUAACGCAGGAUAUAGGAACGUGUUAUGUUAUAAACAAAGUGAGUAAAUAUUUAUAAACAAAAGUAACUUUCUUUAUUUCUUUUAUUGAAUGUUCAAAGACUGUAUAUGUGAAGUAUAGUACGCGAUAAGACUGAUUAAAAUCAGAUAAAAAUUGAUUUCGGAAAUAAAGAUUAAAUUUAUAUAUAGAUAUUGGAAUAAAAAAGACUGUAGUAGAAGGUAAUUGAAAUUAUCUUUUAUUUAUUUUAUAUUUGAAAUCGUAUUUGCCAUAAGUCAAAGUUUCCCUUGAAUUUAAUAAAAAAUUAGCAAUCAUAUGUGUAUCAUUGUUAUCUCGAAGAUAAAACUCAUAUGCAUAUACAGGGUGGUUGGUAACUGGUGGUAUAAGCGGAAAGGGAUUCUACGCGAAAAAAGAAGGCGAAAAUAUAGAAUAAAAAUUUUUCGUUUGAGGCUUUGUUUUCGAGAAAAUCGACUUUGAAUUUUCGCUCGGUACGCGUGCACUUUAUCACGUUUCGUUAUAACGGAUCGUUGCCUCGAUGGAAAAAUUUAAAAAAAGAAAAAAAAUAAAAAAAAACUUUUAUCAAAAAUAGUGUUUUACACGAUUCAUUUAAAAUUACGACGUAACUUACAACUGGAAAAAUGUUUUACGUUUUAAGUAUUAAAUGUUUUAAAUGUUUUAAACACUUACAAAUACUUCCAUAUGCAUAUGCAAAUCAUACUUUAUGUUAUCUAUAAUAUUUAUGAGCGAAAAUCCAUUCGUUCGAGCAAAAAGAUGAUAUAUUAAAAAUAAGAGAUAUAAAAUAUCUUGACGUCUCUUGGAAGUAAAAGAACAUUCGCUGUCACAAAUGAUAAAAUACUUAUAACGAUGGAUAAAGCGAUGAUUUGUAAAAAUAAAACCGAAGAUUUUAUGUGCGAUAAGUUUCCCAAUGUUUAAUCAAUGUUUACGAACCACUCCGAUAACAUCAAAAUUUUUAUAUCAACUACUUGGCUAUAUGUAAUGAAAUAUAUCGACGUGUAAAUUAAACAUAAAAAAAGUUAUAGUUUUGAUAAUCGUUUCUACACCCAUCUGAUUGAUCCUUAUUACUACAAAUAAUAUUUUGUAUUGUACGUAAUAGUGGAUUAUCUAAGGGUGUAAGAAUUUUAUUUCUCAAGUUUGUCAAACGAAUUAAUUUCGCUCGUUUGUCUUCCCCUAUUUUUAAAAUAUUUAGUGAAAUAUAAUCUUCUUCUUUAAAGACGUAAAAUAUGGUCUUCCCUAAAUGGGUAGAUAUGUAUGUUCACGUAAGACUAAAUUCCUCAGUCAUCAGAAGUCCUCAAUCAUGUAAUAAUCCCACCUGAUGAUUUAUUUUGAAAGCGUAAUAAUUAAAAUAUUAGCUAUAUCGUAGAUCGGUAGAGUGAUAUGUAUUUUUCCAAAUUGUAAUUACGUGUUUUCAAAUCACACAAAAAAAACUGAUAUCAUGUAGUCAAAGAAACAGUACGUAAGUGUUAUACGAAAAGGUAUUAAUCUUAUCAAAUAAUUAAUCCAAAUUUCAUUGAGAGAAAGGUUUAAAUACUGAUAUUAUAUAAACUCAUAAUUUCACAGUCCAGUGCGUAAGAAUUACGAUCUCAUAAUGAAUCUUUUGCGGGGAACUUCUUUGCUCUUUGUUCUUAUUCUUACCGGUAGGAAUCUCUCUUCUUUUGAAAUAAUUCAUUAUCGUUCAAUAACACGCAAGCAGCAAUUAUACAUCCGGUAGAUAUUAGAACUGUUUUUUAUGUUAUUUGUUUCCGAAACUAACAAAAUUUACAUUACAUUAUCGUUAGUGUUAUUGAAUAUUGAAUUCUUUCAACUCCAUAUGUGUAGUGUGUUAGUUUUUUUAACAAUAUUAUAGUUUAAAAACUGUCACAAAAAUGGAAUAGUGUUUAUAAUAUAUGAUAAUGUAUUCUUUCGUAGUGGAGCUUAAUUAUAUUUUUUAUGUAAUUAUGUACUACAUAAUUUGAAAAGGGUGUGAUCUAAUCUUUCGGUCCUAGUUCAGAAUGCAGUCUCACAAUCUAUCAUUGCGGGUUACGCGCCCGGCGUUAGUGGAAUGGGAUUUGUUAAUGAAAAUAACUGUUUAACUGACGAACUUCUUGCGGAUUAUUCCUUGUCAAAUGCUGCCGAGUGUGCACGAACAUGUAGACCAGGAGAAUCAAAGACGUGUUACUAUAAAUUCGUAAUUGAACGUUAUCCCGUUAAUGGCCAGGCGUGUAAUUUGUGUAUGCCUAACGCUACAAACACUUUAUGCCCUAACUGUCAAUGCGUUCCCGGGGAUGGAACGCAGCGGAUGGCUUUGACUGUGAAUAGAAUGAUACCAGGGCCAACUAUACAAGUUUGCAAAGGAGAUUACGUCGUAGUUGAUGUCCAAAAUCUGUUAAAGUCAGAUUCAGUUACGGUUCAUUGGCAUGGUAUCCUCCAACAUGGUUCUGCGCAUUACGAUGGGGUCCCACAUUUGACACAGUGUCCGAUCAUGAUUCAUGACACAUUUAGAUAUCAAUUUUUUGCUAAUAACUGGGGAUCUCAUUUGUGGCAUGCUCACACAGCAACGCAAAAAUUGGAUGGUGUAUUUGGAAGUUUCAUCGUACGAUCACCACCGCAAGAUGAACCCUAUCAAAAUUUGUAUGAUUUUGACCUAGCAAAUCACGUAAUCGUUAUUAACGAUUGGUUUAAAGAAGAGGCUACGAGUCGAUUUCCAGGUCGUAGAGCUGACGUAGUUCAUCAGAAUGCCGAUGCGUUCUUAAUUAACGGAAAAGGAAGAUACAUUGAUCUCAGUCACGCUACGUCAAACAUUCCCUUUGAAGUAAUCACCGUAGGUGCUAAUCAACGUUAUCGUUUUCGUUUAAUUAACUCCUUCUGUACCGUUUGCCCUGCACAAUUGACUAUCGAAGGCCAUAGUCUUACCGUUAUUGCUUCCGAUGGUCAACCUAUGCAACCUGUCGUUGUUGAUUCUAUAGUUUCUCUGGCUGGAGAACGAUACGACUUUGUCAUUAAUACUAAUCAAACACCUGGUGCCUAUUGGAUACAACUGCGUGGAUUGGAUGAUUGCACCUAUAACCGUAUCCAACAAUUAGCUUUAUUACAAUACGAAGGAGCAUCUAUUACACCAAAGACAAAAGAACCUACUUUUGAUAAUCCUAUUCCUAAUGGCCUAGUACUAGAUAUCGCAAGUUCCGCUUGCAAUUCUACGCUCAACUAUAUCUGUGGCAAUGGAUUAAACAGCGCUUUGCAAGUCGAUCCAGAUAUUUUGAAAAAAGAACCAGAUGUAAAAUUGUAUCUACCUAUAGCCAUGCAGAGGUAUAAACCGGAAGAGGUGUUCGUACCUAACACAUAUAAGAACUUUCUGGUUCCAUCACCAAAAUGGAUAGUAGCCACGAUGAUAAACAGUAUAAGUUCAACUGGUCCAUCCUCCCCGCCACUCACUCAGUUGGAAGACACACCUGCAGAUGCAUUUUGUAACGCCGAAAAUUUACCAGCCCACUGCCGUCCAGGAGCUCCGUGCACGUGUAUUCACUUGAUUAAAAUUCCAUUGAAUUCUAUCGUGGAAAUAAUCCUGAUAGACGAGUUUGACACGGUAUCUGUACGGCAUCCCUUCCAUUUGCAUGGAUACAUAUUUUAUGUUAUGGGCUUAGGUCAACCUUUGGGUGCCACUACAAGUUCGAAUACUACGAAUAAGAUGACACUGGAAUAUUUCAAAGAACUUGAAAAGAAAAAUCAAAUAAAAAGGAAUUUCGUUUCUCCACAAGGAAAAGAUGACAUUCCUGUACCAAACAACGGAUAUGCCAUAAUUAGAUUCCGCGCAAAUAAUCCAGGAUAUUGGCUGCUCCAUUGUCAUCAAAUUUUUCAUCAUCUUGCUGGUAUGGAAGUCACUUUACAAGUUGGAGAGGUUUCUGAUAUGCCAAAACCACCAGAAAAUUUCCCAAGAUGCGGCAAUUUUAAACCGAAAAUACAACCAUUCACAAAAUAGUAUGGACUAGAAAAGUAAUCGAAAUUGAAAAUGGUCAAACAAGGCAUGACCAUAACUAAUAGAUAUAAUGUAUAUAUCUCUUCAUUCGUUUUCGUACGUGGUAAAGGUUCCAGCUAAAUAGUGUAAUUCGUAGAACUAACCAACGAACUAAGAUUUCUUCACAAUAAUUUAAAUUAAAUUAAAAAACAGCGUAUUAAAAAAUAUUUAUUUAAAUUAUUUAAAUUUUCGAACGUAAUUUUGUUACUUCCUAUUUCUCAAUUGCCUCGAUAAAAUAUAUUUACAUCUUGUAAUCGCAAAUGAAGUAGAGAAUUCCAUAUCUCUGUAAUAUUUCAAUAGGCAUUGAUUUAUUACAGACUAAUUAACAAAAAAAAAAAAAAAAUAAUAAUCCGCAAUUUAGGAAUCAAUGAUAGUCUUACUAACAAUUUAAUAGAUUGUUUAAUUAGUAUAUAAGAACAUAAUCGCAAUCGCAAUUAAUUAAUUCAUAUUAUUUGAUAUAUAAUUCAUAAUUACUGUGAUGUAUUACGCUAUAAUUACGAAUUAUAUAACAAAUAAUAAUGAUUGCUUAGGUCUUACCAUGUUUGAUAAAAUCUUGAUUCAUUGAAUCUUGAAUUUCAUUUACCGAACACUUUACAUACAAAAUUUUUACUAUUAAUAAAUUGAAUACACUGUAGACGAUACAAUUACAAAAAAAGAAAUAAUUCUGAUAAUGAACUAUUACUACUACAAAUGCAUCAUUUAUUUAAUUAUUAUUUAUUUUUCAUAUUUUGAUUCCGUGAAAAAUUUUCCGUAUAAAAUAUUUUAUCAGAAUAUUUGUCCUUCCAAUAAUGUAUAAUAAUCCCCUGCAAAAUUUUGAAAUUGUAUAAUAAAAAAAUCUUUAUUUUCCACAUUUUUCAUUCC